GUCUUUUAUCAGUUGCCUGAAAUCCAAAAUGAGGGUAGAGUGAGCAGAGCUAUUAAACAUACUACCCGAUACCCAUUCCACCACUACUUUAGCAUCAACCUAAAUUUCUACUGCUAGCAAGUUUAGAGAACAGCAAGUUUUCAGAACCAUCUCGCUAGGCCCAAAACUCAGCAAUCAAUAUUGCAGGUACCUUCAUUUGAUCUUCCCCUUCCCCUCGAUUGAGAGGGCCGGUAAGCAUUAACUAUUGCAAUAAAAGCCAUGUGCAAGUGCAACUAUCACUGUCCAGUUAUUAGUUACUAGUAGUUAUUACACAUGUCAACUUGUAGACUAUUUCAGCUCAAUUAUUGCCAUCAUGUGAAAAAAAAACAUUGACUAUAGUCUAAUUCCUAUGAUCCUAUCUCUUCUUUUUUUACCCGGGAACUGGGAAACUCUUGUCUUGUCUCUUCCUAUUCCAAGGCAUUGCUAUUUCCUCAACUUUCCCGAGAAACAAACAAUUCCCACAAUUUCCCACUCCCGAAACACCCAUGGCAGCCAGAGCAGCCACCUUCAACCCCAAAACCCAAACCUACAAAUCCCCAAGACCACCGAUUCACUUCCCCACCAAUCCCAACCUCUCUCUCACCACUUUCCUCUUCCAAAACUCCUCUUCCUUCCCACACAGCCUCGCUCUCAUCGAUGCCGAUACCGGUGAAACUCUAACCUUCCACCAGCUCAAACUCCAAGUCUCCAAGCUCGCCAACUCUCUGCUCCAUCUCAACAUUCACAAAAACGAUGUCGUCCUCAUCGUCGCUCCCAACUCAAUCCACUUCCCCGUGUGCUUCCUCGCCAUUGUCGCCCUCGGUGCCAUCGCUUCAACCUGUAAUCCUUUGUACACCAUUUCCGAACUCUCAAAGCAAGUCCAAGACUGUAACCCCAAGCUCGUCAUCACCGUCCCCGAACUCUGGCACAAAAUCAAAGAAUUAAACUUGCCUUCCAUAAUUAUAGGUUCUUGGAAAUCUACGAGUUCGAAGAUUUGGCAUUACUCUGAACUGAUAGAAAUGUCGAGCAUGGAGUGUGAAUUGCCUGACAAAACCGUGAAACAGAGCGACACAGCGGCGCUUAUGUACUCGUCCGGCACGACCGGUACGAGCAAAGGAGUGAUUCUGACGCAUAGGAACUUCAUCGCGGCUUCGCUGAUGGUGCCAGCCGAUCAGGACCGAUACGGCGACCCGAGAAACGUGUUCCUCUGUUUCUUGCCGAUGUUUCAUAUAUUUGGGCUCUCGGUGGUGACGUACUCGCAGCUUCGGAGAGGGAACACGGUGGUUUCGAUGGAGAAGUUUGAAUUGGAGAAGGUGUUGUUGGCGGUGGAGAAGUACAGGGUGACUCAUCUCUUCGUUGUUCCGCCGGUGAUGAUUGCUCUGGCGAAGCAGAGUGUGGUGAUGAAGAAGUACGACUUGUCUUCGUUGAGGCAGGUCGGAUCGGGCGCGGCGCCUCUCGGCAAGGAUGUGAUGGAGGAGUGUACAAAGAACUUGCCUCAUGUUGAUAUUGUUCAGGGAUAUGGUAUGACUGAAACUUGUGGAAUCAUCUCAUUGGAAAAUCCAAAGGAAGAAUCUCCCCUCUCUGGCUCAACUGGAACACUUGUUUCAGGAGUUGAAUCCCAAAUAGUUAGUAUAGAUACAUCAAAGCCUCUUCCACCUAAACAAUCAGGAGAAAUCUGGCUUCGAGGACCUAAUAUGAUGCAAGGUUAUUUCAAAAAUCCAGAAGCCACAAAGCUAACAAUAGAUGGACAAGGAUGGGUGCACACAGGAGAUAUUGGAUAUUUCAAUGAAGAGGGACAAUUAUUUGUUGUGGACCGAAUUAAGGAGCUCAUAAAGUGUUACGGCUUUCAGGUGGCACCAGCCGAGCUUGAAGGGCUGCUGAUUUCUCACACUGAAAUAUUAGAUGCUGUUGUGUUCCCAUUUCCUGAUGCCAAAGCUGGUGAGGUCCCAAUUGCACAUGUUGUGCGCUCGCCAAACAGCUUGCUAACAGAAGAAGACGUUCAGAAAUUUAUUGCAAAGCAGGUGGCGCCAUUCAAAAGGUUACGGGCAGUAAGUUUUGUUAACAGUGUCCCAAGGUCAGCUGCAGGAAAGAUUUUGAGAAGAGAACUCAUAGAGAAAGUCCGAUCCAAGAUAUAAGGGCCAUAGGGCAUCAAGGCUGCAUGCAAUCUUGUUUUAGCAAAUGCCUACCUAAGGUAAAUGGAUUCGAAUGGGAUAAAAAAAUUUAUUAAAGCUACUAUCUAUUUUGUGUCACAUGUACAAUAGAAGAUUUAUGUAACAAAUUUUGUAAUUCAUGACACAUCCAUUUGUAAGAUUUAUUUAUUAUAUUCCUAACCUUACUCUUCUAAUAGAGGCCCAUAAGUACAUGAUGAAAUUGCCCACAAA